AUUCGAGGUAAACAUGGCGGAAAAAACUAUGGGAGACCCGCUCACUGGAGAAUAUAUUCCAAAGGAACGAAAAACGUUUGCCCCUGAGGAAGAAGCCAGACUUGAAAGGCAACAUUUUUGGAGAAUCGUCGCCGCCUUUAGAUUUUACAGGAGCCAUGUACAAGAGUAUGUGAAUCGAGCAGAGCGACACUUUCGUAGUCUACCUCAGCGCCACCAGAAUCUACUUCCUUCUGUACUGCCCAAUUUGGCCCGCAUCCGUCAAUGCACAGACCACAACCAUGAAGUUCUGCAAGCCAUCGUCGAGCACAGCAUUCACAUGUUUGAAAACAUUGAGUUUGGGGAGAGGCAGGAUCCGAGGAAGGUGCGCUCCUCCUCAACAUUUGACAUGGACAAGCUCAAGUCAACCAUAAAGCAGUUUGUCAGAGACUGGAGCGAAGCGGGUCAGGGUGAGCGGGACUCAUGCUAUCAGCCCAUCAUCCAGGAGAUCCAAAGGCACUUCCCAAGGGACCAAUAUGAUGUGUCUAAGGUCAGCGUGCUGGUUCCGGGUGCGGGACUUGGACGUCUAGCCUGGGAAAUUGCUCGUCUUGGUUAUAUUUGCCAGGGCAAUGAAUGGAGCUUCUUCAUGCUGUUCUCUUCCAACUUUGUUCUUAAUAGGUGCGAAAAGGUUAAUUGUCUGACACUGUACCCCUGGAUUCACCAAUUUAGUAACAAUAAGAAGUCAUCUGAUCAGACACGGCCUAUCAGAUUUCCUGAUGUCAAUCCUCAGAGUUUACCACAAGAUUCAGACUUCUCCAUGGUAGCAGGGGACUUCCUCGAAGUAUACUCAGAUGCAGAUUCCUGGGACUGUGUGGCUACUUGUUUCUUCAUUGACACGGCUCAUAACGUCAUACAGUAUGUGGAGACCAUCUGGAAAAUUCUUAAACCUGGAGGAGUAUGGAUCAAUCUCGGUCCGCUGUUGUACCAUUUUGAGAACAUGGCCAAUGAGCUCUCAGUUGAACUGAGCUAUGAAGACAUCAGAGCCGCUAUGGUUAAAAUAGGCUUCCACAUAGUGGUGGAAAAUGAGUCUCUUCAUACUACCUACACAGAGAACGAGCGCUCCAUGUUAAGAUACAUUUACGACUGUGUCCUCUUUGUGGCACGGAAACCUGAAAAUAUGUACUCUAACUGCCAAGAAGAAAAUGACCAACAGAGUUCACCUCCAGCUGCCAAAUCACCACGACAAGACAAGUCAGAGUGUCGUACAUGAGUGGAUUAUUAUUAUUAUUCUUUUAAACAUAACAAAGGACAGUAAUCUUCAGUUAAUUUGAAAAAUUGAUCACCGACAGAGAAUGGAAACAGAAAAAAAAUUACAAGAACUCUGCUCAUUUUUUCCCCCAUUCUGUUAGUGAGCCACCACGAUCUAACGAACUCAGGAGGAGGGAAACGCACCAAACAUCAACUUAAUAUAACAAAAGUUUUUAAGGGUCAUAUGAUAUUUAAGAAAAAUGGUGUUCUGCAUGACAGUAACCGGGAGUGAAUGUUUAUGACAAAAGGAACCAAUUGUUUUCACAAGUAUUCCACUCUAAAUCAGCCAAAGUUUAACAAUCUCACUCCUGAUGUUUCAUCUGACUCACAGUACCCAAAGGAAUCCUGAAAAUGUCUGCCAAUUGGUACACAUUUUAACACAGAUUAUUUUUGUUCCAAUACAAUUACAGUAACAAUUUCUAAUACAUCUGCAGAAAGUACAGUGGAUAUGAAAAGAACAUUAUUGUUCAAAUGCAGUUGUUAAUAUAAAUAAGGUAAUUAUAAAUCUUUUCACAACCUCUUCCGCUAUUAAUGCGACCAACUAGAUAGAGCAAGGGUGGGCAAACCGGUCCUCGAGGGCCGCAGUGGGUCCUGGUCUUUGUUCCAGCUGAUUCAGCACAGACACUUUAACCAACAAGGUUUCAGUGGAAACAAGAAGCACCUGACUGCAAUCAACUGAUUGCACUUGUAAGAAACCAGAUUGGUGAAAGGCUGUCCUCAUAAUGGGUAUGACCAAAAACCCGCACACACUGCGGCCCUUUGUGGAAUAGUUUGGCCACCCGAGAUAGAGGGAAAACAUAUUUGACGCCUCCAUUUGACAUCUGUCUAGAGCAGGGGUUCCCAACCUAUUCCACUAAGGCACACUGUGGGUGCAGGAUUUCAUUCUUACCAAACAAGAUGACAACACUUUUUCCCCAAUCUGGUGUUUUACAAGUGCAAUCAGUUGAUUGCAGUCAGGUGUGGCUUGUUUUAGCAGAAGCCUCAUUGGUUCAACUGUCUCUGCUGGAUCGGCUGGAACAAAAACCAGGACCCACAGUGUGCCUUGAGGACUGGGUUGAAAACCCCUGGUCUAGAGCAGGGGUUCCCAACCUAUUCCACUAAGGCACACUGUGGGUGCAGGAUUUCAUUCUUACCAAACAAGAUGACAACACUUUUUCCCCAAUCUGGUGUUUUACAAGUGCAAUCAGUUGAUUGCAGUCAGGUGUGGCUUGUUUUAGCAGAAGCCUCAUUGGUUCAACUGUCUCUGCUGGAUCGGCUGGAACAAAAACCAGGACCCACAGUGUGCCUUGAGGACUGGGUUGAAAACCCCUGGUCUAGAGAUUACAGGUUCAUGUUUCAACUCAGGACUCUCACGUUCCUAAAACAUAAAUCUUAUGUUGAUUGAAUAUUCAAAAUUGCCCUUAGUUAUUACAACAAUGAGUCUUAAUGGUUGUUUGUCAAAAAUGCCUUGCAAUUAACUGAUGACCAGACCAGGUUCUUUAAAGUUGCCAAAGGGAAAGCCCACAAUUCACCUGUGACCCAAAUGAGAACUGGCACAAUGGACAAAUGAUGGACAUUUCAUACAUUUAAAAUGCCGAAAUAUGUUUUUGUGUUUUGUACUUAAAUAAAGCAAAAAUGUUUUGUAUAUAAUAAUCUACCUUGAAUUAAUAAAUUAGGAGAAUUAAGGGUCUUUUUCAUUUUGACUAGUAAUCGUAUGCAUUUUUACACUAUCCUAAGUGUCAGAAAACAAUUUUGCACCGUAGUUAUGUCUUUUAUGCGAGUGUGUUUAUUUGGUAACACUUCUCAUUAAAGCUUACUUUUUUUAAACACACUUUGCAAAGAACAGCUCUUCUUGAAGAGUAUUGAUUGCUUUACAGUACCUUGCUCAGGGACAUGUCAGAUGAAAUGUUGAGCAACGCUUUCUCAACUGUUUAAACGUUAACAGAUAUCAGCAAUAUUUGUCUAAUUUGUUACUUAUUUAUGAAUUUGUAAAUAUAACAGUUUACUAACAUUUUUAUGUUAUAUUGACUUAUGUACCCUUGAAUUAUUUGUCUUUGUACUUUAAUGUCUUUUGAGGCAUAUUUUAUUGCUAUGAAACUUAAUUUCAGGAUCCAAAUUCUCAAACGAUCUUCAUACCGAUCUAAUAUGGUGUUGUAAUGCGCGCUUCUGUACGGUAGAUGGCAGGAUUCACUGAAAUCCUGCUAUCUGCUUAUAACUAAAGAAGAAGCGUUAUCCACCUUAUAGGGGAGGAGCUAAACCUUGGUCAGCUACAGAAGCGCGGAAACAACUUCUGGAAAGCAAACAUUGUUGUCAAUGUGAAGCUAUUGUAAGCUUUUGCUCCACAUUUUUCCACGUCGCACUUUCCACUUUCAUGGCGAAGAGACACGCCGACGAUAUUUUAUUUCCCCAAUCACCCGCUAAGAGAAAAUUCCGGUCGGCUUGUCGUGUUGUUGACUUGCAUCUUGAGAGCAUGACUGCUAACGGGGGCGUGAAUCCUUCGUGCGCACGAGCGUUGUUGAGUGACAAUUUCAUUGAAAGGCGACGUAACUUAGAAUUUCCAGACAUGCCACAAGAAGAAACUGGUAUGCAUCUCAAGACUACAAACCCUGAGCCACAUGAAGAAUGUGCGUCACAUACUCAGACGUACGGAAAUUCUCAUGAAUAUCACAAUUCCAUCACAUCCAGAAAACGACGGCGAGAGGAGCCACUGGAAUUGGAGACUGUCACUACGAAGAGAAACGCAGAUUUUGAAGACUCUACUUACAACUCUUUUCAGUACUGGAGGGUACCUUUGCCUGAGCUCGACCUUUCACUGCUGGAAGAAACCACGGAACAUUGCAGAACAAAAUCCAACUCAAAUAUCAAAAACACUUUGGAUGCAAUGGAGAGCUGACACUGAAGCACUUCUGUGUGCAGCUAAAAGUGAAGGUUGCUGGAAAUGGAUGCGAUUUUCAAUGUCAUAUUUUCAUGACUUGAAAUGUUGAUAUUUUGAGUAGGUAACCAAUAUUCGUUAAACGGUUUUUUGGGGGGGUUUGUUUAAAUCAAGUCCAAUACCGCCUCCUUGACACAUUCUGACAAGACUAAACACUGGUUAGUCGGGCAGCCAUAUUGUAUGUUAGGCAUACUAAUGAGGCACGUUGACACAAUACAGUAUUCACUUAACAUCAUACUAUUUUUUUUCAAGGAAACUUGAGAAAAACAAUACGGCCACAUUUACCAUUCAGGUUCAUUUUUUCCAUUUCUUACCAUAGACUAAUAAGAAUUAGUGCACGUGGUAAUAAGUUUUACACAUCUCAAGUCGAGUUUCAAUUCACGUUUUCCCCGUUGCCAGCCAGAAUAAAUUUUCCCCAUCACCUGCUUUGACUGAUAAUAAAAAUGUUGAAUUGC